CGCGGUCUCGCUCAGCUCCGCAACGACGAUUCUCGUCUCGUCUCGUUCCCUUUCCGAUUGUUAUUUCAUCUCUCGUGUGCAUGCUGCGCGGAAGAGCGUCAAGAUUUCAUUUCCCCGUUUGUUGAUUUUCGCAUGUGUGGCGAUGAGUGCGGCGGUGGCGGCGAAUAAGCGAAAGAGUUGGUGACCGUUCCACAAACAACAACAACAGCAGUGUCAGUUAUUAUAUCGUCUGCGCACGUCGCUUAGAGAUUCGGUGCUCCGUCUUGCAUGGUUUCGUUUUGCCUUUUGGCUUCUUCGGCUUUCAACAACAAUAAUAACCGAGAACAUGGAGCAUUUGUCGGAUUUCCCACUGGUCGUGCCCAACAUUUGCUAUCGCGCUACCGAUUGCAGAUUGCAAAACUAAUGGAUUCCGUUUGCUUUGAGUUAUUUCGUGUCCAGCUUCAUUUGCACUGCAGCAGGAGCACUGGCACGGCCUUCAACCAGCGGACUUUGUUGACUCCAUCCGCACUGAAUCAACACUAAUAUAUACCAGGAGCAGCGGAGAGUGUGUCUGCGUGUACAUGAAAGUGAUCGGACGAGUCGUCUUUGUGGACAACCGGAUCGCGUAUGAGCCAGAGGAAGAAUGCAUCCGCUCGUCAUGUCCGUCGUGGAUUUGAUGGCCAGAAAUCUGAGCAAUGCAAUAGGAGGAGGUGGUGGUGCUGGCGAAGGAGAGAGUGUCUUGUAUUUGAAUUCGAUCAACGUCCCGGAAGACGCCCGAAUAAUUGGCUCGGUGGAUGACAGCAGCAGCAUGAGUGGCGUUGGCAAUACUACUACUAUUACUGCAGCAUCUGCCACAGAGCAGCAGGACGGCUUGGCCCGGCUUGGCUCCGGACUGGCCGUCCUAUUGAUGAAUGGCGAAUCGACGUCGAUGAGUGCCGCCAUAUCCCCAACAGACGCCUCAGCGUCGCUGGCCGCCAGCAUGAACUGGAUGUCGCUGGUCGUGGCCGUGGCCUUGUCCGUCAUCGUCCUCCUCACCAUCGGCGGCAAUUUGCUGAUCUUGGCCGCCGUUCUCUUCAACUCCAAUCUGCGAGGUCCCACCCACAUUCUGAUCGCCAAUCUCGCCGUGGCCGACCUGCUCCUGGGAUUCCUCGUUCUACCCUUUUCGGCGACUUUAGAGGUGACGGGCAACUGGUAUUUCGGCCCCAUCUUUUGCGACGUCUGGGCGGCGGUGGACGUCCUCUGCUGCACGGCGUCCAUCAUGUCGCUCUGCGUCAUUUCCGUCGACCGCUACAUCGGCGUGACCCGGCCGCUGAAUUACUAUUCCAUCGUGACGGCCAAGCGCUCCACCGUCCUCUGCCUGAUCGUUUGGAUCUCCUCUUUGUCCAUCAGCAUCGGCCCGCUCUUGGGCUGGAAAGAGCGCAGUGCUGAUUCCUCGUCGACGGGAGCCGGUAAUGAGACGUCAACCGCGUCACCAGCGGCUACCAGCAGCUUACCGACGGCCGGAAUUCUGCUGCUGGACUCGGCCGAACUGCAGGCCUGCAAUGUCAACAAGGAGAAAGCCUACGUCCUCUUCUCCACCAUCGGCUCCUUCUAUUUGCCUACGCUCAUCAUUUUGGCCAUCUAUUGGCGCAUCUACCGGACGGCCGUCAAGCAGACCAAAUUCCUGGAGAGCGGGACCAAGACGGACAAAUCCACUUCGUCGCUCAGUGGCAGUGAAGUUUUAACUUUGCGGGUUCACGUGGGACGUGCCAAUCCCAUGAAAACGGUGGCGACGACGACUCUCGGCCACCAUCACCACCACCACCGCCCGUCGCCCAACAAUCAUCUUCAUGUGGGCAAAGGCCGUUCGGUCCCUCGCCCGUCUGCCUUCGACUCGUCGGCAAACAUCAGUGAUCGAUCUUCCACUUCUUCGCGCAGCAAAAAUAACAAAAAUUGCCGCUCAUCACCGCAGACGUCACUGCAGCAGCAGCAGCAGCAGCAGCAGCUGGACACUUCGCCGCCGCCGCUGAACAGCGAGCUGGCCAAGGACCUCAACGAACUGGCCACUGCCAGCCCAGUAAUCAAAAAGAAAAGCCUGGUGCACCACUUCCAGAGGAAGAAUUCAUCAUCGAGGCGGCCUUCCAGCACGACGACGACCAACUCGGUCACGACGACAGCGUCGUCGGGACCCACGUUGACAGUGACGACGACGGCCACCGCGUUUUCCGGUGGCGGCAGCAGCACCGGCUUGUCGGCCAAGAUGUUCAAAUUCCGGCGCCAGAAGAAAGCCGCCAAAACGCUGGGAAUUGUUGUCGGAGCUUUUCUACUCUGCUGGUUCCCCUUCUUCGUCAUUUUACCCGUUGAGGCUUUGUGCUCAACGUGCAACAUCCCGUCGCCGCUGUUUUCCUGCUGCUUCUGGCUGGGCUACUGCAACAGCUGCCUCAACCCGUUCAUCUACGCCAGCACGAGUCGCGAAUUCAAGCGGGCCUUCUCCAAGAUCCUGUGCGGUCGCCGGGGCCGGUCGUCGUCGUCGCAGGCGAGCGCCGGGGCAGCCGCCGGAAGACAUUUCAACCAACCGCACAUCGCGCCACCGUCUCAUUUCCGCCAGGCCAGCCGGAACCCGUCGGUGGAGAACGUCUCGACGCCAGCCGUCGCCACCGCCGCCAACCUGAUGGCUGGCAGGACGAAAGCCCAGGUGUCCUCGGCAGCAGCAGGAGCCGUCGAUCAAUGCGCUAGCAGUCUACCUGAUCAUUAGCAGCGCUGCUGCUCUAGUAGUGCCCGUGUGACCCAAUUAUAAACAAGGCCCUUCAUCAUCAGACUAAUGAGGAGAACAAUGACGUUGAACUGUUCAUUCAGACAUAUAGGAGAGAAACAAAGUGCCGAAUGAAAAGGAAGGCGAGCAGCAGCAGCAGCACAUCUAAAAGAAACAAUCGACAAACACACAGGACGACCCCGCCGGUCGCCAGUCGCCCUUUGUGAGCUGCGUGAAUUGCGCAAGUCGUUAUAGAAGAACUCUAUAUGCUGCUGCUGUGUAUAUUGCCAAAUUCAUCGGCUCGUGGCUCUUUGGUCGUUGGCCGUGUGACGAACACAUCCACAUGUAGUCAUCUCGGCUCAUUGACUUCCAACGCCCGGCAAAGUUCUUUUGUGUCGCCGACGAAUUGAUGCGACUUGUUCACAUGUUGAUGAAAGUCGGAUUUGUAUUGUCAGCAGCACCAGCAGUUGAGAGGGUGUUGUUCAGGUUCUCUUCUCUUUGAUGUUGGUUGCUGCUGCUGCCAACAAAAGGUGAGAUUAUACGGUUAAAUACUUCAACACGAUGCGAAUCUCGUAUCUAAAUAGACGCGCGCGCCCGGAGCCCGGAGUCCGGCGCCCGCGUUAAUCUUCACGCUAGCGCGGCUUAAAUGAGAUUUGCCACGGUCGACAACAAUCGCGGAGCUGCGGCGCCGAGCAGCGAGCACAGUCGGCGGAAAGAGAAAGGAAAAGACGAACCCGGUCUGAUGAUUAACAUGGACGAGAGACUAUAGGCCGCAUUAUUUCAUAGUAAAUGAAUCGUCGCCCGCGAUGAAUGAUGGGGCUGGCGCGAGUUGCCGCCUGACAUUAUACAUUGUGGCUGCCAGCAGCUGCCAGCAGGACACCACCUCGGCGAUCACGAAACCAACAUGAGGAAUGAUAAAUCACGCGUCAUGAAGAGAUCAAUUUAAUUUACAAACAAGCCUGCACACAUAUAAUUUAGAAUCCAGCUUAACACCAUCAUUCUAUUUUCGGUUUUGAUUAGACGUUGGCUGACGUCUGCAUCAUGUAGGCCUACAUACAGACGUCAAACCAAAGUAUAUUAUAGUAUAUGAUGAUUGCUAUGACGGCCGGAGAUUGCAUAGGAGCAGAAGGUCAAUAUAAUCGACGAAACGUCUUCUUUCGUCCAAAGGUGAUUGAUGUCGAUGAAGAGACAUGGCGAAUAAAAAUGUGCCGGCAGAGGCGAAUAUACAUCAUCUAGAACACGGACGGGCGUUUCCGGCGUGACGUCGUACAUAUACGAGACUAUAUAGCACAUAUUUGUAUGCCAAAAGUAAUAUACGAUGAGAAUGUUGACGCGCAAAAAUGCCGGAGAAUUGACAUGGCAAAUACUUAACAACGACAAAUGAAGACCGAAUCGACGAUUCACCCUCUCCCUCCCUUCCUUCCUUCCUUUCUUAUUUAAUGUUAUUGCAUUUUCUUUUAUAUUUAAAAUCCGGUAUAUAUAUAUAUAUAUAAAUAUUUCCCUCCUGUUCUUUGCUGUUUGCUUUCGUUUUCCUUUCUGUUGCUGCCGCUGGCGUAGCAUCAUCAUCGAUCCCGCGGGUUCUGUUUGCCUAGAUUUUAUGGCCAAGUUUUCCACCCUUUUCGAUCGACCGUUGGACAUCUUGUGACGAGUCGUUGGACUUUACUUUUUCCUCCGUCGGCUUGACAGCUUUAGUGAUCCGCUGACUUACUCCUUUAUACGAAUAGCUAGAACUUUUUUUCCCCCUUUUUAUUUAACCAUCCAGCGCGAUUGCAAUCGGAAUCCAAGGAAUGGAGGAGGGGGGAGCGUCAUCUGGGACCUGCUAUGCCUUGCUAUGCCUCCUUCUUUUUUUUCGACACGGAAGAAAGCGGAAAAAAAGAGGAGAAUAAAAUUUAAAAAAAAAUAAAAGCAAAGUUUUUUUGUGUCUGAUUGCCCUGUCCUUCUUUUAUUUUCUUCUUCUUUUUUCCCCCCAAUUCGAUUUACGCGGAUGAAGAGCGUGUCUAUAGCGACGGCACGUGUAUCCGCCGCGUGUUUGACGCCGAUGGCUGACGUGUGGAAGGGAAAAGCAUUUGCCGAUCACACGUGACUGUGCCGAGAUGAACUGAAAUUGACUAUAUACGUAGAUUAUUAUUCAGAAGGCUCAAUGCAUAUAUAGGGUGUAGAUCGAUUGAGUUCUAUUAUACGUCUUACUCGAUCUGCUCACUAUGAAUUAUCGCAUUAGGAUUAUCAUUGAAUUGAUAAUAAGACUCUUAUCAUAUAUACACACCUAUAUUGUCAGUAUAUUGUACCCGGAGAGCUCCGCAGCAGCACUUGUGUGCUGGCACGGAUUUCUCCUCGGCCCAAGAGUGGGAGUGAUGCGUAAGGCGUCCGUACAUUAUUCAGUCGCGUCUGCACUUUCCCAGCACAGAGCAGGUCCGCAGCACCGAAUCUAAAUGCAUCCAUAGUUAAUCCGCAUCGGCUUACUUACCCUGAUGUGCUGUCGCACACUGCUGUAUGUAAUAUACAGUAUACGUCCGUCGUAUAUAUACUGUAUGAACAUAUACCGAUGCCUGUAUAUUAAGUAUUCGAAAGGGGACCAUCAGCCGUCGUUAAGCGCAGAGCAUCACCUCCUCUUCCGUUAUUCAUUUCUUCGACUUUGUUUUUCUUUUGCCUUGAGGAGUAGUCAACGGCAAGCCAUGUCAACGUCUCGGUACAUAUGCUAUCUACCCAGAAGAACGACUUGUUAAACUCUUCGGCCGUGUAUUAUAGAGCUCAUACAUACACCUUUCGACUUGCCACGGGGUUUUGUUGACUUGUAACCGGCCACGCCUCCCACGUUUAACGUUCCAAUGUUUAAGCCCCGCUUGCAACUUUUGUUUUAUUAAAACAAAGGAGAGAGAGAGAGAUAGAGAGAGAGAGAGAGGAAAUAAAGUUCUAAGAUGAUCAUCAAGGCUCUGCUCUAAUGUUAUAUAUAUACUCGUCUCUCUCCCGCUAUGACGACAGCAGCAGCAGUAGGCGGCAUUAUUUAAUCAGUGUCUGCUGCUGACGAUGGCGCUGGAAAUACAAAAAAGGAUAGGCAAACUUUGUUUUUUGUGUCUAUACAUCACGGAUGGGGGAGGUGAGUGAAGGCAAUCUGUUUGCCAGCGCCAGCAUGAUGAAGUGACAACCGAUCGAUUUCCAGCACCAUGCAUCUUGGCCACCAUAGCACAAGGUGGUGGCUGCUGCACAGCGCUUUUGUGUGUGCUGUAUACAUGUGUUGUGUAUAUAUUACUACUUUGUGGUCGCCCAGAAAGAGUGAUGUUGUUAUAAGAGUGGCCGGUUUAUGUGUGUGUUCAACAUCAUGUUUCUGCUCACGUGUAACGCAACACGACGUUCAAAAACUUCGUCAGUGCGGACAAAACAAAACAAAAAUAAAAAAAAAAACGCGCAUUUGUUUUUAGUUUCUUUGGAUGGUUUUUGGACUUCUGCUAUAUCCUCGUCUGUAGUAUAUGCCCCCCCCCCCCCCCUUAUUCCCUAUUUUGAAAAAAUGCUUCAUCUUUUGAACGGUGAUCUGAUUCCCUAUAGAAACUUGUAAAUAUCCUGACGUCGCGUAUAAUUGUACAUGCAAUGAAUAAUAACCAUAAUACAACCUAUUUUGUCUGAUGUGUGUGUAUAUGUCUAAAAUGUGAGACGCCAAAGUGAUGAGACAAUCACAACAUGUUACUGCUCUGAAGAAAUAUACAAAGUCUA